AGACCUGCCUGACCUGUACACUUUCAGAUUGAAAAUGGCGGUCUCGGUGUUUCCCGGCGUACGGCUGCUGACCAUCGGAGACGCAAAUGGAGAAAUACAGCGACACUCAGAACAGCAACCAUUGCGUUUGGAAGUAAAAACCACACAGGAGACUGCAUUACUCAACCUCUCUAAUGGAGAGGACGCAAGUAUCUUCAAGUGUUCAGUUUCUAAGGAGACGGAAUGCAGCAGAGUGGGGAAGCAGUCGUUCAUUAUCACACUGGGCUGCAACAGUGUCCUAAUUCAGUUCUCCUCACCUGCAGACUUUCAGUCCUUUUAUAACGUCUUGAAGAAUUGUCGGGGUCAUCUUUGUGAGCGGUCAGUCUUCAGUGACAGAACAGAGGAAUCAUCUGCCAUACAGUACUUCCAGUUUUAUGGAUACCUCUCGCAACAACAGAAUAUGAUGCAGGACUACGUGCGCACAGGGACUUACCAACGGGCCAUUUUGCAGAACCACGCCGACUUUGAGGACAAGAUUGUGCUGGAUGUUGGAUGUGGCUCUGGGAUCCUGUCUUUCUUUGCGGCCCAGGCAGGAGCAAAGAAGGUCUAUGCUGUGGAAGCAAGUACAAUGGCUCAGCAUGCUGAGGUGCUGGUUAACAGUAACCAUCUUGGGGACCAUGUAAUUGUCAUACCAGGAAAGGUGGAGGAGGUGACACUCCCUGAACAAGUGGACAUCAUCAUAUCAGAGCCCAUGGGCUAUAUGCUUUUUAAUGAGCGGAUGCUGGAGAGCUACUUGCAUGCCAAGAAGUUCCUUAAACCCAAUGGUAAAAUGUUCCCGACCAUUGGGGAUGUUCACCUGGCACCUUUCACAGAUGAGCAACUAUACAUGGAGCAGUUCACAAAAGCUAAUUUUUGGUACCAGCCCUCUUUCCAUGGUGUAGAUCUCUCUGCGCUGCGGGGUGCAGCAGUGGAUGAGUAUUUCCGCCAGCCAAUUGUGGACACAUUUGAUAUCCGUAUCUUGAUGGCAAAGUCAGUCAAAUACACAGUCAACUUUCUGGAGGCGAAAGAAGAGGAUCUUUACAGGAUAGAGAUCCCCUUUAAGUUCCACAUGAUGCACUCGGGCCUUGUACACGGUCUGGCUUUCUGGUUUGACGUGGCAUUCAUGGGAUCAGUGACGACAGUGUGGCUGUCCACUGCACCUACAGAACCUCUUACUCACUGGUAUCAGGUACGCUGUUUGCUGCAGUCUCCUUUAUUCACAAAGGCUGGGGAUACACUGUCUGGGACUGCACUACUAGUGGCCAACAAAAGACAAAGUUAUGACAUCAGUAUUGCUGCCCAGGUGGACCAGACUGGAUCAAAGUCCAGCAACCUCUUGGAUUUAAAGAACCCAUUUUUUAGGUACACGGGUACCACCCCAAAUCCACCUCCUGGGUCGCAUUACACCUCCCCCUCUGAGAAUAUUUGGAAUACAGGAAUAUCCUACAGCAUGAGUCAAGGAAUGCCUGCAGCUUAUGACCUUAGUACAGUCAUUGGCAGUGGCUCAUCAGUCUCUCACAACAACCUUAUUCCUCUAGAGCAGAGGAAGCAGUUUUCAGUGGACCCAGGAUUCUCACUAGAUCUACAACAACAACAAUGUCUUAACAUGGUACAGCCCAAGUUUGAAGUCAAUCGGGUGAACCAGCUAGGACAAGGGUACAAAGUGAACACAGGUAUUGUGAACCACACCCACUCCAGGAUGGGCUCCAUCAUGAGCACAGGAAUUGUCCAGGGGGCUGCAGCAGGCCAAUCAGGUCCCAGUAGCAGUGGUACUUACUAUCCAGUCACCAACCAGUUUACCAUGGGGGGUGCUGCUAUUUCUAUGGCUUCGCCCAUGGUCAUCCCCAGCAACACAAUGCAUUAUGGCAGUUAAGAUGAAGACUUUGCAAAGACCCCUUUAACUUGCCCCACUCUGCAUGACGGACUUCCCAGUACAAAAAAAAAAAAGAAAAGAAAAAACUGCCGCUGCCUCUUCUGAAUUCUAACCGACCCAUGGACUACAGCCGAUACCAAAACCAGUGCUCUUCUGGCACUUUGUUCAACAUCUUCAUUCUGUUACUGUCUGUCCGUUAUUGUACAUCACACUUUUAUCCGUCCAAGCUAAUUUUAAAAUAUAGAUUCCCAAGGCCCUUGCACACCAAUGAAUUGCUGAGCUGCAGCAAGUCUUGUCACCUCCGACUCUUUAUUUCUCUUUAUUUUUAUUUUUUUUAUUAAUGUCAUGAAUUUUUUGUUUCUCAUGUUAUCAAAAGAAAGCUCUACACCAGCUGCCAGAUGGAGUCGUACUCCCAGUUCUUCAUAACAUCAUGAUCAAUGCUUUCUUUCUUUUUUUGGGGGGAGGGGGUUGCUCUUUACAUCAUGUCA